AUGCCGGGGGAGCCCGGCAGCGCGAAGCAGUGUGAAAGAAGUCCGCCAUCAUCAACGGGUUUCGAGGGGCCAGUCUGCCGUGUGCCGAAGAGGACAGCACGGGCUCAGGAGUGCAUUUGCCUCAUUAUAGGAGACAUUGAAGACUUGAAAAUGAAGAGGAACGAUGAACUUCUCCACAUUGACGUCCACGUGGACGAAAGUGAACCACGCACAUCCGUUCUGGUCCUCCUCAGAAAGCUGAGACCUCACUGGAGUCAACAAGAUGUCCGAAUGAAGCCAUUCACCGAAGGCAUCACCAACCAUCUGCUGGGCUGUUCAGUGGACGAGUCCGAAUGCUUGCUGGUACGAGUCUACGGCCAACGGACUGAGCUCUUUGUGGACCGCCAGCGGGAGGUGGAAAUGUUCAGGCUCCUCCACGCUCAUGGUUGCGGCCCACAGAUAUACUGCACCUUCCGAAACGGCAUCUGUUACCAGUUUGUCCCAGGACACGUGCUGGAGGACAGGCUACUUUACCAGCCCGCCAUCUAUAGAUUAAUCGCCGCGGAGAUGGCGAGAAUCCAUUCUAUCCGUCCGCCGAACGCUCACCCACCCGAGCGUCUCCUGUGGAUCAAGCUGUCUCAUCUUCUCACGCUCUUAGAGAACAGCGGCAAACUCAACUGGCAGAGUUCCGCGUCCAGCCCACAACUACCCAGCUUGGCGAGGUUGUCGACGGAGGCAGAGUCACUGGAGCGGCACCUCACACCAUUGGGCUCGCCCACUGUGUUGUGUCACAACGACCUUCUUACCAAAAACAUCAUCCACGACCGCGAGCGGGGGACGGUGAGGUUCAUCGACUACGAGUACGCUGAGUACAACUACCAGGCCUUUGAUCUUGGCAAUCACUUCAAUGAAUUUGCAGGCGUCCAGGAUGUGGACUACAGCCGCUACCCGAGCCACGAUCUUCAAAAUGACUGGUUGGAGGCCUACCUGCUAAGCUACAAAAACUGCACUGGGCAAAAAGUUUCCGUCACCCGGGACGAGGUGACGCAGCUCUAUGUGCAAGUCUGCAAAUUUUCCUUGGCAUCCAACCUCUUCUGGGGUUUGUGGGCCAUUCUCCAGUCUUUCUACUCUUCAAUUGAUUUUGAUUUCCACAGAUAUGCCAUGGCACGAUUCAAUCGCUAUUUUGAGAAGAAAGAAGAAUAUUUUUCAUUACAAUGA